AUGAAAAUCCAUUAUAUUAAUAUAUUAUUGUUUGAGCUUCCAUUAAAUAUAUUGAUAUAUAAUCAAAGGAACCAUAACAGCACCACACCACAUCAUCCACCAAAUACCAGGUUAUUAUGCGAAUGCGAAUUAUAUGAACUUGCCAACUAUGAUAAUGACCCACAAAUGAAAGAAGUCAUGGAAAAUUUCAUUAAACAGACACAGCAAAGAUUUCAUGAAUAUGACGAAAGGAUGAAAACUACACGUCAAAAAUGUAAGGAUAAAUGUGACAAAGAAAUUCAAAAAAUUAUUUUAAAAGAUAAAUUAGAAAAACAAAUGGCACAACAGUUAACCACAUUAGACCCGAAUAUAACCACUGAAGAUAUUCCCACAUGUAUUUGCGAAAAAUCUUUAGCAGAUAAAACAGAAAAGUUUUGUCUUAAUUGUGGAAAAACUAUGGGAGGGGUUGCCCCCGGUUGGGGUCUGGUCAGCGGUUUAGGUUAUGUAGGAUGGACAAAUUAUGUUACACAAACGGCUCUGCAAAAGGGUAUUGAAGCAGGUGUUAAAGAAGGGAUUCAAGGAUUAAAAAACUUUUUUGGUCUAGGUAAAUUAAUUACUAUUACUGAAAUAGAAAAUUUGAUUAAUUCUACAAGUUAUUUUAAAAAAAUGACAUAUGUUACAUUUACUCAGAGAAUAAAAAUUUCAAGGUGUGAAGGACCUCUAAGUUCUAGUAUACAAUUUUGUAGUGCUGCAAAUCAUCAGCCACAACGGGCGUUUUCGGAAGGAGCAUCAGGAAUAGCAGAAACUGCAGAAUAUAUGGCUGAAGUUGCUAAAGAAGGUGUAUUGGAAAAAGGCGCACAGGCAACUAGUAGUUUAACUACUGCAAUAAUUGCUUCUGUUGUUGCAAUACUAGUUAUAGUUUUAGUUAUGGUAAUUAUUUAUUUAAUAUUACGUUAUCUACGAAAAAAAAAAAUGAAGAAAAAACUCCAAUAUAUCAAAUUAUUAGAAGAAUAG